ACAACGUGCGGUAUGGUCUGGGAGUUCCGAACAAAACUGUUUGUCUACGGAUCUCUUUUACUCCGCUACAAGACUGCGUGACUAAAUUGGUGCUAUAGUUAUCCGCGGCUAAUUUAUUAGCUGAAGAUUGAAGUCUAAAGGCUUGUUGUUCUUUCCUCGGGCACACAUCUCCAAUCUGGCUGUUUCUUUCAAUCUUUAUAUUGUUUUUCCUGCACUGAUUUAAAUCUAUAUUCUGACAUAUUUUGUGGAGAGAACACCAUAGAGCUAGCGCUGAGGUUCUGGACAAACCUGCAGUUUUGAGCUAAAGGAAAUCAGGAGAGGAGGGGGAAACGGAAGAGAAGCCGUCGCCUGAACCAAGACGCAUCAACAGAGACUCAUGGGGUUAGGGGAGGCUUCAGCGAGAGGGACAGCCAUGGACGGAGACUGUCUGAGCUGUAUCAAAUACCUCAUGUUCGUCUUCAACUUCCUCAUCUUCCUGGGAGGCUCCUUCCUCCUAGGUGUAGGGGUGUGGGUGCUGGUGGAUCCUACAGGCUUCAGGGAGAUCAUUACAGCCAACCCUCUGCUCUUCACUGGGGUCUACAUCAUCCUGGCCAUGGGGGGAAUGCUCUUCCUCCUGGGAUUCCUGGGCUGCUGCGGUGCCAUCCGGGAAAACAAGUGUCUGCUCCUCUUUUUCUUCAUGCUCAUCCUGGUUAUAUUUCUGGCAGAGUUGGCUGCAGCCAUCUUGGCCUUCAUAUUCCGGGAGCAUCUGACCAGAGAGUUCUUCACUAAGGAGCUGAAGAGACACUACCAGGGAUACAACAACACUGAUGUCUUCACCGGAACCUGGAACGCCGUCAUGAACAGCUUUGACUGCUGUGGAGUGAACAGCCCGGAGGACUUUGAGGAGAGCCUGUUCCGGUUGAUCAACCCCAACGAGAUGGUCCCUGCAGCCUGCUGCAGGAGGGGUAGCCAACCAGGAGACUCGGUAUACGUCAACCAGGACGAGUGUCUAAUGGGGAAAAUGCUCUUCAGAAACAACAAGGGUUGUUACUCUGCUGUGGUUGACUACUUUGAGCUCUAUAUAUAUGUGGCUGGAGCUCUGGCCAUCGUGGUGCUCACCAUUGAGCUGUUCGCCAUGGUGUUUGCCAUGUGUCUGUUCAGAGGGAUCCAGUAGGAUGCCUGACUGCUGUAGCCGCACAGAUGGGAGCUAGAAAAGGGAAAUCAGGAGGGGGGAAAAAAAGAAAAAUUAACACUUACAAAUGUGUUGUUCUUUUUGUAUCUGCAAAACAAUUUGGUUAGAAAACAAACAAACAAACAACAACAACAACAACCACAACAACAACAAAAACAAAAACAACAACAACAAAAACAACAACAAAAACAACAACAGCAACAAAAACAACAACAACAACAACAAAAACAACAACAGCAACAACUAAACGACACCAACAACUACAACAACAACAACAAAAACAACAACAACAACAACUAAACGACAACAACAACUCGUACUUCUCAGCUGGACUUUUGAGGUACAGGGUGAGGUUAAAAGAACAGGAUAGAGAGAGAAAAAAGACAAGAACAACAAGAAAACAACAACAACAACAACAAAAUGUAAAGUGAUUUGUGUGUAAAAAGUGAACCAGGUGUUUGGUGGACCAGGUCUAAAAGAAGGCUUGGUGAAGGAGAGGACACGGUUGAAACCUGCCUGGCAGCGAAAGUAGCCUGAGUCCCAGAUCUGUUUGUGCUGUCUCGCUAGCUAACUGGGACUCAGGCUAAAGCAGAAGGAUUUACACUGACUUUUGGAUGAAGAAUAUUUAUACCUACUGAGUAAAAAGUUGACUUGACUGUAAUAUAGAAAUAUGUGUUGUACACUUUGGCUGUUUCUGUUCCACUCCCUCCUCUCUACCCCGCCGCUCUUCCAUCUAUUUCUACCGCACUCCCUCCUCUCUACCCCGCCGCUCUUCCAUCUAUUUCUACCGCACUCCCUCCUCUCUACCCCUCUGCUCUUCCAUCUAUUUCUACCGCACUCCCUCCUCUCUACUCCGCCGCUCUUCCAUCUAUUUCUACCGCACUCCCUCCUCUCUACCCCGCCGCUCUUCCAUCUAUUUCUACCGCACUCCCUCCUCUCUACCCCGCCGCUCUUCCAUCUAUUUCUACCGCACUCCCUCCUCUCUACCCCCGCCGCUCUUCCAUCUAUUUCUACCGCACUCCCUCCUCUCUACCCCUCUGCUCUUCCAUCUAUUUCUACCGCACUCCCUCCUCUCUACCCCGCCGCUCUUCCAUCUAUUUCUACCGCACUCCCUCCUCUCUACCCCUCUGCUCUUCCAUCUAUUUCUACCGCACUCCCUCCUCUCUACUCCGCCGCUCUUCCAUCUAUUUCUACCACACUCCCUCCUCUCUACCCCUCCUCUCUUCCAUCUAUUUUUUCCACACUCCCUCCCUUCACCGCCGCUCUUCCAUCUAUUUCUACCACACUCCCUCCCUUCGCCGCUCCCUUCAUCCCUCCUUCCCCCCUCAACAUCUUAUUGUUAGAGCCACACCUCUUUAAUGUUGUACAAAGGCCUGUCUAUAGUGUGUGUGUGUGUGUGUGUGUGUGUGUGUGUGUGUGUGUGUGUGCGUGCGUGCGUGCGUGCGUGCGCGUGUGCGUGUGCGCGUGCGUGUGUGUGUGCGUGUGUGUGUGUGUGUGUGUGUGUCCUGCCUGCAUGUAACCCCUUUUUGAAAGCCAACUUCUGAUAUUUUUGUUU